AUGCACCUCGCCGCUGUAGAGAUGGGCCCAAAAGAUCGAGGAGAGCGCCAAUUGAUGCGCCAGCGAGGUGCAGGCACUCGCCAAGUCAAGAACAUUGGCUUCGACCUCGUGCUGCCAGGUCAAGAGAACGCGACAACUGAGCCUCUCCAACCUAUCAAAUCAGGCAGGUCUCGUAAGACUCCACAGCCAGAGCUCCCUCCGCAGCGAUCCUCAAGACGGACACCUAAACCAGAAACAACACAGCUCCAGCAAUUAUCACGGAAGACACCGGCCACUGGAUUCACAAAAAAGCGCGGUAGGCCAGCGAAGAGGGCUGUUUCCGAUAUUAUUGAGGAUUCAUCUACGUCUCGUGUCACGCAGGCUGAUGAAGAGGGUGUUACUACGAAGAAGAGGAAAAUCAGCAAGGCCCAGAAGGAACAGGGAGAUGCUGUACUUUCGAAUGCGCCAGAGGUCCAAGGCGAUGGACUAGGGACAAGAGAUGCUGACCCAAGUGCUGCGCCUAGUACUGGGGUCAAGAAGCGGAAGAAGAGGAAGUCAAUCGGACAGCAAGCGACGAGCCGAGCGAAAGCUGCCAAGGCACGAAGUCCGCUCAAGCCAGCUCGCCAAUCUCGGAAGAAAACACCCAAGCCAGACCUCGCAGAAGAGACAGACCUCGAUGGAUCUCUGGCAAAAGAAGCACGCAGGGGACUCGCCACUGGUGCGGUGUCGUUGGAUGGAGGCGAGCCAGCGCACUUGCCUGAAGUCACUGGAGCAUUGGAUUCUGGAAUUGACAAUCUCACGCCAAGCGCAGAGAAGCCCCAACAGGAAAUCGCACAAAAGCCCAAGAAGAGAAAGCGGUUUCCUGUGGAAGAGCUGCCAAAUAAACGUGUCAAAGCAAGCUCCGCUCAGAGCAAGCGGGCGCCAAAGGCUCCGAAGCCCCAAAAAGAGAUCAUAUCUGCAGAAGAUGCACUCGAUGCAGUUCAGAAUAUGGAGACACCUGCUGAAGCCCAAGCAAGCUCUUUGGGAAAUGUGAAUGAGGAGCAAGAUGAUGGUUCAGAAGUUGCAGAGCUUCGAAAGGAGAAGCCCAAAAAGAGGAAGCGGGUGACCGUUGGUCAACAGCCAAAGAAGCGCGCCAAAGCAGGCACAACCAAGUCUAACAGGAAGCUUAAGGCCCGAGAAGAGACAAGCAUUGCAGAAGGUGCACCAGAGGCAAAUCAGGGUAUGGGAGAAUCUGCUGAGGCCGAAGCGGACACUGUGGGCCAUGUCGCUGAGGAACCGGAGGCUACUGCAGAAGAAGCAGAACCGCAGACACAGAAGCCGAAGAGGAAGAAGCGGAAAUCGAUUGGGCAGCAGAAACCCAAGAAAAAGCCCAUGGACCUCGCUACACCAGAUAGGACAGCCAGCAAGGCAGCCGCAAGAGGUCAAUUGGCCACAAGAAACGAACUAAACAGCAAGCCCACAGCUAGACGUGGACGACCUAGAGCUAAAGAACGACCGGAAGAGGUCAUUGAAAAGCCACUCGCCGAGAGUUUGGGGCAUGUACCCGAAGAAGAGGCAGAAAUCCAACUCUCAGAACCUGCACUCAAGAACAAGCACAAAGCUAGACGUGGGAGACCUAAAGCCAAACCAAUUUCCGAACAUGCCAUCGGUGAACCAGACGAAGAAGCUCGAAGGCAUACACCUGAAGAAGAGGAAGAAGUCCCAACCCCUAUCGUGCCCGAAAAGAAGCGACGAGGGCGACCACGCAAAGCCGACGCCGCUCAAUCUCCCUCACGAAACACCAGAACAACAAAAGUCCCGGCAUCUCGCAAACCAAAAGCAAAGGCCGCCUCUGCCACCGCGCCCAAAGCUCGCGCACCUCCCAAAGACUCCAUUCCUAUAACUAUCUACGCUCCUCCCUCGCCCACCUCCGACGCCGAAGACGACCCACUGUCUACCUCCCAACCCCACACCACAGUCAACACAAUCAACGCCGUCGACGUCCUCUCCCAACUCUGCUCCGAACUCCUCUCCAAAUCCAGCUCCGCCCUCGCCGAACAAGCCCAUUCCGACGACCCAUCCACCAACCAAUCCGAACUAAAACGCACGAAACAAACAACAGACCUCUACGCCAAAGAACUCGCUUCCCGUCUCCUGCAAUUGACGACUACCCUGAACACCAACACGUCUCUACAAUCCCGUGUUAGGGCGGCGGCGAAAGAGGACAGGAGGUUGAAGAAAGAGUUGAAGCGGUUGGAGAAGGAAAGGGAGGAUCUUGGAAGUAGGAAAGAGGAGGUGGUGAAGGAGAGGAAGAAGAAGGAGCUGGAGGAACUGUUGACUGGCAUCGCGGGGGCGGUGAAGAGGGGCUGGGACAUGCAGGAGGAGGGCGAGGAAGGGGAAGGAGAUGCGGUGGCAGGAAUGGUUGAGGAGGUGGAUUUGGAGGUCUAA